CCGACGUCGUCAUCGUUUUCUCUAUUUUCCUCCAAUCGCUUUGCCUUUUCAUUUUCAAUUCGCAUAUUUUGCAAACUCUACUUUCAGUUAUUCGCCGAUAAUUGAUGUCAAAGGACGCUGUUUGUGCUCCGCGUGUUGCCGCCGUCGCUCCACCUUCACCGCCUGCGGCUACAGCCAGCUGCACAUCCUGUUGCCAUCAACAUGCCCAAGGAGGAUCCGUUUGUGAAUCGCGCUCAGCUGCUGAAGGCCAUCAAGAAGUAUCCAGAGAUCUGGGACUCCAACAAUAAGCUGCAUCUAUGCCGCAGUGUUACCUCGCCCAUGUGGAACGAGAUCGCCGAGCAGUUUGGCGGUCAUGUGCCUACAGUUAAACUGCAAUCGAUUUGGAGUCAAAUGAAGUAUCACUACCACAAUCUGGUGCAUCGCCAGAUACUGCACAAGGAUCGCUUCAACACCAAGUGGGAGCACUUUGAGCCCAUGUCCUUUAUGUAUAAUAUAACGGUAGCCAAGAUAGUGGGCAGCCAAACUGCUGCUGGCAGCGCUGCCGACGACAAUGAACUGCAAAUGGGCGAGGGCGACUCUGCUAUGCUGCCGACGCCAACGCCGCCGCCGCCGCCACUGCCCAGCGCUUCACAUGGACGUGGACGUCCCAGUGGCAGCUUCAGCUGGCUGCAGUCCGCAGCUACAGCCACGCCCACGCCCACACAUGUGCCGCAACUGCUGGAGCCACCGCCAGCGCCUGUUGUCUAUACCGCCUUUACGGGACUGGUGCCGCCCGCUGUGGUUAGCGUGGAGGCGAGCAGCACGCCCAUGCGCAAGCUGGGCAGGCCCAGUUCCUUGCACAACAGCAUGCGUGGCAAAAUUAUUGAUGCCAUCAAGGCACGCCCCGCUCUGUGGGCGGGUCGCCAGCGCAGCGAGAAGGGCCAAGGCCAAAGUCGCACCUCCGCCGUAUGGAAGGAAGCUGCACAUGAAAUGGGUUUGACGCCAACCCUAAUGCAGACACGCUGGUCCAUUAUCAAGCAGCGCUAUGUGGACGAGCUGCAGAAGGAGCGACAUGCGCAGUACGCUCAACAGCCAUUCCGCUCCAACUGGGAGCACUUUGAGCGCAUGUCGUUUAUGCGCGACAUGCUGCUGCGCAAAGUGGACGAGCGCGAACAAACACGCGAGCAUAUUCAAGAGAUGGUCAGCGAGCAGCAGCAGCAGCAUCAUCAUCAUCAUCAGCAGCAGCAGCAGCAACAUCACCAGGAGCAACAACAGCAGCAGCAUCUGCAGCUUAGUCCUGUUCACAUGCCGUCUUAUCGCACUGGCCUAGGCGAACAUGCUCAGGAUAUGCCAAUUGGCUUGGUCGGUCAUCAGUUGCCGCCGCAUGCAACGCUGGCCAUGCAUCAUCCAGCCCAUGCUCAUCAUCAUGCUCAUCAGCCGCUGCCCAUGGGCGUACGCCGCCGGGUCAAGCACGAAAACGAUCUGGAGUGGGAUCCUUUUGAGAUGAUACUGCAUGUGCAUGGCAACAAUGAGUCUGCCGCCAACUAAAUGCAAGACUGAGUGUACUGUCGCGCCAACUAGUUACCGAACUAGUGUUCCGGAGUGAGAGAGAGAAACAGAGACAUAGUAACACACAUACAUAUGCAUACGUACUAUAUCGAAAGAUAUAAAACUAACUAAACGAUUUGUAACUACAACUUUUUACUCUGUAACAGAAUAAAAAUCUAAU